GUGUUUAAAUAAAACUAAUAAAGAAAAAGUGAAAAAUGUCUGGUCGUGGUAAAGGUGGCAAAGUUAAGAACAAGUCAAAGUCUCGUUCAAACCGUGCUGGUUUACAAUUUCCCGUUGGUCGUAUUCAUCGUUUGUUGCGUAAAGGCAAUUAUGCUGAACGUGUUGGUGCCGGUGCCCCAGUGUAUUUAGCUGCCGUUAUGGAAUAUUUGGCCGCUGAAGUUCUCGAAUUGGCUGGUAAUGCUGCUCGUGAUAACAAGAAGACCAGAAUCAUUCCACGUCACUUGCAAUUGGCCAUCCGUAAUGACGAAGAAUUGAACAAAUUGUUGUCUGGCGUAACCAUUGCUCAAGGUGGUGUUUUACCCAAUAUUCAAGCUGUUCUAUUGCCCAAGAAAACAGAAAAGAAGGCUUAAAUUACAUACAUAUUUUACAAAAUUGAGAGAAAGACAAUUAAAAAAAUUUUAAAUAAGAAUUACUAUCUGCAAACCAUCCAACCGUCCUUAUCAGGACGACAAA